CGCAGGAGCACAACCUGAGAGCUGAGCCGACUUGACCUGCGGGACUCGGUGUAACUGAGACCUGCCCGCCGCCGCAGGCUCCACCUCGCUCGAAACCCCGGCUUCGGAGCGGGAAGGGGCCGGCCGCCGAUGUUGAUAAGUGACGCAGGACCCGAGAUGGCGCGACAGGCCGUCACAGAUGCAACUGGGGCCGGUGGCCUUGCCGUCCGGAGCACCGCGUCUGCGGCCUGGCGGGCGACGGGCCCGGGAGCGCCUCCGGCGCGGGCGGGGCCGCGACCCAGUCAGUCCCCGGCACGUGGGCGCGGUGGGGCGGCGCGGGCGGGCGGGGGCUGGGGACGCGUUUGCCCACAGCCCGGCCGAGUGUUUGUGCAGCCGGCCUGGGCCGCCCGCGGGCGCCUCUGCCUUCCCCUCCCCGGCCGCUCCCGGCGGCCCAGCCGGACGUGCGGGGCUCGGCGCCCUGCUAGGCGGGCCGGCGCCGCGCACAGGUUCAUGAACGACAUUUUGAACUGGAUGUUUGGUGCCAGGAACCAAGAGCCAGUUUGCUGAAUUGCUGUCCCUGUCAUUCUGGAUUGCUGAGAGUCUCCAGGAAGGUCUGUGGGUGCGUCCCAGGGCCCGCCCAGGUGGAGGCACAGCUGGAAGCCAUUUUUGAGAACUUUUGCCACAGGUGUAAAAGGCGCCAGCCCUGCAAAGAUGCUGAAACAGAUACUGUCGGAGAUGUACAUAGAUCCUGAUCUGCUGGCAGAGCUCAGCGAAGAACAGAAACAGAUCCUGUUCUUCAAGAUGCGGGAGGAACAGAUCCGCCGAUGGAAAGAAAGAGAAGCAGCAAUGGAAAAAAAGGAGUCCUUGCCAGUGAAAUCCAGACCAAAGAAAGAGAAUGGCAAAUCUGUUCAUUGGAAACUGGGAGCUGAUAAGGAAGUCUGGGUCUGGGUGAUGGGCGAACACCGUCUAGAUAAACCCUACGAUGUGCUCUGUAAUGAAGUGAUCGCUGAGAGGGCCCGGCUGAAAGCGCAGCGGGAAGCAGAAGAGCUCAGAAAAACUCAGUCCAAAGAAUUCACCAAUAGCUUGAAAACAAAGUCACAGCACUGUGAUCUGCCAGCACCGGCUAACAGGGAGACGGAGAGCAUCUGUGGGAAGGCGGCAGGAGAGGAGGAGGUGGGGCGCGGCUCUGGAGCAGCACCACCCCGCGAAGAAGAGAAAAUCCCAAAGAAAGAAUCUAUGAAGAAAACACAAGAUGAGGAAAUAAAACAAAUAGAUGAAGAGAGAACCAAGCAGAUUUAUAAGAACUGGAAAGAAGAUUCGGAGUGGCAGGCGUCCUUGCGAAAAUCAAAAGCAGCGGAUGAGAAGAGACGCUCCUUGGCUAAACAAGCUCGGGAAGACUACAAGAGGUUAUCCUUAGGGGCCCAAAGAGGAAGAGGCAGUGAGGGACCGCAGAGGCCCUCAGGUCUUCCACAGAAACCCAAGAGACCCCCGCUUCCACCCAAGCCUCGGUUCCUAAGCCCAGCAGGAUACCCUCAGAAACAUCUUAGAAACCAAGGAGUGACGAGGACAGCAUCUGGCUCUGCCCUGGAGGACAUCAUCCGAUGGUUUAGAGAAGAGCAGCUCCCACUGCGAGCAGGCUACCAGAAAACCGCAGACACCAUAGCUCCCUGGUUCCAUGGAAUUCUCACACUGAAGAGAGCAAAUGAACUCCUGAGCCCGUGUGUGCCAGGCAGUUUUCUGAUCCGAGUCAGUGAGAGGAUCAAGGGCUACGCCCUGUCCUAUCGGUGUGAGGACGGCUGUAAGCAUUUCCUCAUAGACGCCUCCACGGACUCCUACAGCUUCCUGGGCGUGGACCAGCUGCAGCACGGCACCCUGGCGGAGCUGGUGGAGUACCAUAAGGAUGAGCCCAUAACUUCCCUGGGGAGAGAGCUCCUUCUCUACCCCUGUGGUCAGCAGGACCAGCCGCCCGACUACCUGGAGCUCUUUGAGUGACAGCUCCCGUCACAUCACCCUGCAACCUCCGGCUGCUUUCCUCGGGACAAACACUGCUGAAAUGUGAGUGUGCAGAAUCAGCCUGCAGCAGAGCCAGUACUGGUCACCUCAAUAUCCAUGGAGUGCUAAGGAAUCGCUCUGCUGCACAGACGCUGGAGCUUAAUGUUAAGAGAAAUUACCCCUGAGUCCUCGGCGCUCCACAAGUGAAGGGAGAAGAUGCCCAGUUUCAGCAACUUCCUGAUAUGAUGCCUACAACCUUAGUGGUGUAUAUAGGAUAAAAUGCACAAAGAAGAAAUGGAAACCUUUUAGGAAUUAAGGUGUACUUCAGAAACCAGUAGCUUGUGUGAACUGUGUCAUGACCUCCACACUCCCUCUUAGCAUCACCUCAGACGGUCUCCGAGUCCUGUGUAUGUGAGAUUCCAUGUGGGCUUUGGGGAGCUGGCGGCUGAGACGACUCUCCAAACACACGUCACUUACUGAGCCUGUUGGAGCCAGGAUGUAAGAGACAUAAAAAGACAGAGAUGGAAGUGUGAAUUGAAUGAGGAGUUUUAAAAUGCAGGAUGAGAGGCUUGCCUUGUACAAAAGUGCUAUGGCCUGUAGGAGAGUGAGCAGACAUCUCUGAGCACAUAUCCUCGUCCUGGAGAAGCGGGACAGCACUGCCCUGCUGCUGUGCUCUCUCCAAGAGCGCACCGAGAAGGGUGAAGUGUGUGCGUGCGCACCUGAGGGGCUGUUUCUUAGGCUGUUUGGAUACUACUUGUUAUGGGUUCAAUUGUGUCCACAAAAUGAUAUGUUGAAGUCCUAACCCCCAUACCUGUGAAUGUGACCUUAUCUGGGAAUAGGGUCUUUGCCAAUGUCAUUAGGAUGAGGUCGUACUGGAAUAGAGUGGGCCUUAAAUCCAUGGACUGGCAUCCCUGUAAGGAGAGAGAGAUCUGGAGACGGACGCACGCAGAGGGACAAAGGCCGUGGGAUGAGAGGUGCAGAGGUGGGAGUGCUGGCGGCCACCAGAGGCCGGGAGCGCGGUACGGAGCAGACUCCACAGAGCCUCAGAAGGGAACACGCCCUGCUGACUCCUGGAUUUCAGACUUCUGGCCUCCAGAAUAGCAGAGAAUACAUUCCUGUUGUCUUAAGCCACUGAGUUUAUGGUCGUUUGUUAUGGCAGCGCUGGGAAACUAAUACAGAAGUUUAUGUAAUUACGGAACCUCACGUGCAUCAUCUACCAGUUGUUGCUGUACAGUCUGUCCCCUCAUAAUGAAGGAAAAAGGAGAGAUGAGAGGAACCCCCAACGGGCUCUGUUCAGCUCUGGGACGCAGCUUGCUCAGGCAGGAGUCUGAUGCCCCACUGCAUCCCCGCCCCAGCCGCCACCCAGUAAGGGGGGCGCCCUCUGGGCAGCGAGGAGGAGGCUCUGACCACUGAGAUGAUUCUUCUGGGAAGGUGUAGAUGUACUCGUGCUUCAGGCCCAACUCCCUGUGUCAGCAUUCUUUUAAAGGAAACACAUUGUAGCAGUUUAUUCAUGAGGUUGUUGGUUGGUUGUGUAAAACACUCUCUGGUAGUGUAAAAUGUAACCAGAGAAGAGGGCAGGGUGUGUGCGUGUAGAUGUGAGCGUGAAUGGGUGUGUAUGUGUGCUUUAAUGAGAAAGUUUUUAAACAUAGAUCAUUGUUAAGUGUUUCUUGAAAUGUUCCAUGUGGUUUCUAUUGUCUAAGAGAACUGCGUCAGCUU